CACAAAACAUUCACACCGAAAACCAUCAAACCCUUGGCCAGCUUUUCGAGCUAGCUACCGGUAGAGACGGAGCUAUUGAAGACCAAACCGAAAAGCGUCCAAGUUAUCCAGAUAGCGUAAACCAUCAGCAAGCCAGAAGAAAUGCUGAAGUUACUCCUCCUCCUUUCCUUGAUAGCGUGCAAGAUCGCUCUGUCUGCUAGUUUUUGCCACUCUUCGGGGGUAUCAUCUUUUCGUUCAAGAUCUGGAAUACUAUUACAUGCAACCAAAAGUGACGACUCGUCAUCAGCAACGACCACAACAACACCCUGGACACUGGAACAACUCCAAGAACAUGCCCUCCAAGAAGGUGUCGAAUUAUCCAUAUCCACCCUGGGUCCGGGGUUUCGAACCGUGGCACGGUCCACGCACAAUUCGUCGGCCAUUUUGGGGUAUGGCGAAGGAUUCGUAAGACCCAAUGGGGAUAUUCUUCAUUUGGACAAGAUGGAAGUGUUUUCCAAGAUGGUAAAGCAAGCCAGACGAGAUAAUCCAGAUUUUCGAGGUGGAGGAAAUACCUUUGGUGUGGGACUCUUGUUUGGAUAUCAAUGCCUGUUGCAUGGGGCUGAACAGGGAUGCAAAAUUGCAGAGUUUCUCGCCAUUGACGACGAAGACUUUCAGCACAGGCGAUUAGUACGAUUCUAUUCCAGGUCUGGCUUUGAGGUUAUCAAAUAUAUCGGAGAUGACUUUCAGGAUAUACCCGCAAGGAUGGUCUGGGGCGGUUGUGGGACCUUGAUGAGGGCCAAUAUUGACGACCUGUUGCCGCUUUGGACGCAGAUUCUUUCCAAAUCCAAAUCGACGCAAUAAUAAUCAACAACAUGAACGGACUCGACUCGACUCGACUCGACUCGUUACCUUUGCCACCGGUACACCGAUCCCAUGCCAAAGCAACAAUUCGCCACUGUCGACGGUUCUUGUAGGCGUUUCACUAACUAGUAGCGGCACUGAUCCAACAAUCUGGAAUACCGGAGUCUAAGGUCUGGAGAGUUUUGUUCCAAGACAAGUUUGGUUUGCUUUGAAGCUCGUUAAGCAAUAGAAUCCAAGAAAGGUUCAGCAACAUCUGCUCAAGUUAUUAUUUCUA